GUGUGGGCACAAAUUUUGUUAUUCCUGUGGUGCAGAGUACAGGGAUGGCGAACAAACUUGUCAAUGUACAUUCUGGGAUGAAGAAUAUUCCCAAGAUUUGGUCAGUCAACCUACCCAACAAUACGAACAAUGGGCUUGGGACUCCUUUGACUUGCUCCCCAUGAUGAUGGAUGCCUACUCAGACCAAGAGAGAUCACAACUGGCAUUGAUCCAGAGGUUUCUUGCUGGGGGUUUCGGUCUGAGUGACCACUAUCCUUGCCAAUCCCCGCCCCGAUGUACAGACUCUUAUGUGGAUGCAAUGAAGGAUCUCCAUCAACUUCCCUGGCUUGAAAGGUUUGUCUCUCUGAUAAAUGAUGAUUACUAUGAAGAUUAUAUCCAGUGA